ACUAUGGAUUCAAUCGAUGGAGCGCACGUUGCUGAGCACAACAGUAAAAGCUCCUGUUGGAUUGUUCUGGAUUCGAACGUGUAUGACGUCACUUCGUUCUUGCAGAAACAUCCCGGGGGAGCAGCUAUUAUCCUGAAGCAAGCUGGAACUGACGCCACCCGAGAAUUCCAAAACUAUCAUCCUCUCGGUUAUGUUAGUAUUCUGCCUGCGGGAAGUUUGAUUGGCCGUAUCGAUCCUGGUACUCUGGGAAACCUGAGGAAACAGAAGGAAUCAGCACCAAAGGUAGCGCAUGGCGAUGGCCUGCCUCACCCGAGUCUUUGUGUGUCCUGCCCUGACUUCGAGACGGCUGCGAAAGCGAUCUUACCGCACAAAUCCUACAUUUACGCAUCUGGAUCAGCGAAUGCAGGGCUUUCCCUGAAGACCAACCUUGACGACUGGCAACGCAUUCAAUUCCGACCUAGAGUGAUGCGUAACGUUGGCGAUGUGGACACUCGGAGAGCGAUGCUUGGGCACUCGUCCUUGUAUCCCUUCUAUAUCGCCCCGAUGGGCACGCUAGGAGCUAUUCACCCAGGAGCCGAGCCAGAAAUGGUCCGUGGGGCCAUAGCGAAAGGCGUGCAUAUGGUCGUUUCCACAGCCUCAACGAAGUCUGCUCAAGAGAUCAUGCAAAGCUUUGCGGAUGAACAGAGAGGGUUGAGCGACCAAAGCCCCACACAGCUAUUCUAUCAAUACUAUAUGCCAGUAGAUCGCACGAAAGCGAUUGAGCUAAUGCAUAUCGUAAAGAAAUGUGGUUACAAAGGUUUAUGGAUAACAGUAGACGCCCCCGUCUUAGGAAAGCGUACAAAAGAUCGAGCUUUGCAGGCAGAGGAAGCAUUAGCUGUCGGCAUGGAAGAAGAAAGAUCCGCAGAGUGGGAAGUCGGCGGAGAAAACGCAUUCGCACCCGCGAUGGGCGGGCGUGCAGUAACUGGCCAGCUUAGUCCGCACACUACAUGGGACGAUCUGGCAUGGAUCCGGAAAGUAUGGAAUGGAUCAAUCGUCUUGAAAGGGAUACAGUGCGCUGAAGAUGCUAAGCUUGCACAUGAGUAUGGUAUAGACGGGAUUCUAUUGAGUAACCAUGGUGGCAGGCAAUUACACACUGCGCCGAGUGCGUUGAUGACUUUGUGCGAGAUACGCACAUAUUGUCCCGAAAUAAUUGGUAAGAUGGAGAUAUUUGUGGACGGCGGAUUGAGAGAUGGAAGUGAUGUUCUGAAGGCGCUGUGCCUAGGUGCUACAGCAGUGGGGGUGGGGAGACCGUUCAUGUAUGCACUUGGUGCAUACGGAGCAAAGGGGGUCGAAAGAUGUGUUGAUGUCCUUGUGGAGGAGUUGGCAAUAGGCAUGCGGCUGCUCGGAGUCACCGCCCUAGAUCAACUGAAGCCUGAUAUGGUCAAUGCAACGAAGCUAUUGAAUGACAUGUGGAAACCGGAAAGCUUUCGUAAUCGACUAUAG